AUGGCAGUGUCAAAGAACAGCUACGUCUGGGCAGCGCCGAUGAAGCCUCAGAUGCCAACGGUGCAGGUGCAAAAUGCUGCUAGCGCCCCGACCUACGCUUGGGGCAGGCAGCCAGCACCAGUUCUAGUUUCCCGCCAGACAACUCGCGUGAUGGUCAGGCCGUUGCCGCCAGCACCGGUCGUUGUGGCUCGGCGCACUAUUCGCGUCGUGGUGAAGCCAGCCCAGGUGGUGGUGAGGGCAGCUGCGCCGCCGCAGCUGCCCCGCCUACUCGGGUCGCCCAGGAAAGCAUCUACAGCACACCCCGUGAAGGGGCCGAAAGCUGGAGUGGGCGAGCCUGCCCCACAUGUGACUGCAGUGGAAGACGCCAAGCCUGGCCCACAUGAUGUGACGGCCCCAAAUGAAGUGACUGAGACAGGGAACACGGAGGCAGUUCUCGAAGCUUCUGCCCCGGUUUUCGAGCUGGUGCACCCGAAGGGUCGGCCAGUCUCGUAUGGCCCGGCAAGGCCAUUCCUAAUCCUAAAAGCUGAGGAAGAUUGCCCCCAACUCGAGACCGACGUGCCCAACGAGCCCGCUCCGAAGCCGGCUCCGGAGCCGGCUCCGGAGCCGGCUCCGCCUGCAGAAGAAAUACCAGGCGAGGCAGAGGCCUUGGAAGCGCUGAAGGCGCUCAUGGCGGAGCUCGGCAGAAUGGGCUUCAAGGUCCCCCAGAAGCCGACGGGCGAACCAGAGGUGGGAGACCUCGUCGUGCUCAGCAACACGAUGCAGCCGGAAAGCUUGCGGCUCCGGUACGCCGUGAUUCUGCAGGUGCACGAGAAGCACUUCACGGCAAGAGCGCUGGCGGAAGACAAGGCAACCUGCCUCGAGGACUGUUGGCCUAACAAGGAGGACGCUGUGCUCGACAGCAAGGUCGGCCGUUUAGGCAGCCGAGUCCGCAUCGUGGAAGGGACCCAUGUGGGAUGCAGUGGCAAGGUGGCCAAGGUGCCCGACCACCCGAUCUUCCCCAACUUCCGACAAUUCAGGAAUGGCAUGUUGCAGUACGUGAUCAAUGUGAGCUUGGAUGACGGCAGGGACGCGCUGUUCCUCCUCUCGGAGCUCCAGCAUGUGGAGCAGUAG